CGCGACGCCGUGUAAAUGCUUCUUCUCUCCGCCAUAUUAUCAUUAAAUACUUUGGUGUGUUUUUGGUGUUGAUUCCCAGACGCUUCUACUCUCGACGCUUACCGACGCUCGGCGUCGUUCGUUCAGUUACAUGCGAUUGACGCGCGAUCGGGUAAAUUAAAGUGGUGCAAAAGUGAAACCAUCUCCGUUAAUUUCACGGACCGUUUGGAAACUAAACAAGAAUACGAAGGAGAAGAAUACGUUAUAACAAUAAAAACGUGUACGAAGAUAAAGUGAAUACAAAAAUGGAGAAUAGGCCGGCGACGCUUCGUUCCAGGCGUGUCUGUCGUUUCUGUCUGACGGAAUCGGAGCCGUUGAGCUACAUUUAUGAUCGUGAAAUGAGCAGAUUAUUUGUGGUGCCGCUUACCCUCCAGAUUAUGUCGUGUGUCGGCAUUGAGGUAUAUGCGGCUGAUGGAAUGCCACAAAUGAUAUGCAACACCUGUCGUUGGAAUUUAGACCGCUCAUAUAAAUUUAAACAACAAUGUAAAAAAGCCGAUGAAGCUUUACGAGCAUAUCCUGUAUCUGGAGUAUUACCCCGACCAUUUCCUCCAAUUUCCACCGAACCACCCGAUACAAAUAAUAAAAGAUCAGCCGAACAACGUGCUCAUAAUGAACAACAAAAGAAAGCGCGACUCGAUAAUGGCGAUCGUGAAAGAAGAGAACGUCAAGCUGAAAAACAGAGUAAAGAAGAAAGAAUUGAUUUAUAUGACGAGGAACAAAUGGAUCGUGGCAGUGAAGGUGAAAAUGAAGCAAAUAAUGAAAAAGAAGAUCGCAAAUUAGAACCAGGUGAAGUUAGAGUUCAUUCGUGUACACUUUGCGAGCGUACAUUCCCCUUGAGGCAAGCACUUUUAUUACACAUUCAACGUGCUCAUCGCGAUCGUAAUUACAAAUGCACUGAAUGCGAUCGUAUGUUCUUCUCUAAAUACGAUCUCAAUAAACAUAUUUUAACACACUCAGAAGAUAAACCCUACACUUGUCAAAUUUGUAAUAAACAAUUUGCUCGCGCCAAUUUAUUACAACGUCAUGAGAAGGUACAUCGCGAUGAAUUACGUUACGGUUGUCAGCAUUGUGAUCGAGAAUUUUUCACCACUGAUGAAUUAGAAAAACAUGAGGAAAGUGCACACAAGGCAAACAAACCAUUUCAAUGUAACAUUUGCAAUAAACGUUUUACCUAUAAACAGGGUCUCGAACGUCAUGAAAUGCUUCACAGCGAGGACAAGAGUUUUGUUUGUGAAUAUUGCAAAGAAGCUUUUCGCACGAGUACAAAACUUGCUCGUCAUUUAACAACACACGCUGGUCAUCGUCCAUAUUUGUGUAAAUUGUGUCCACGUACAUUCCUUCUCUCUCAUCAUCUCACAAGACACAUGCGUUCACAUUCUGUUGAAAAACGUCAUGUAUGCGAAGACUGUGGCAAGGCAUUCAAACGCAAAGAGAGCCUUGAGGUUCAUCAAUUGACGCACACAAAACGUUCAGGUCUUGGUUUAACGUGCGACGUUUGUCAAGAGACAUGUCGCAAUCGUGCCGAUUAUGUGACACACAUUAAACAACAUAUUGAAGCUGGCGAAAAAAUGGGUCCCGACGGUCUACAACCAGACAUCAAAGAAAAAAUAGAAAUUGACUCAGAAGAAGACGACGAAGAGGAACAAUAUUCAGACGGCGAUGAUGAUUAUGAACCACCGCCUUACAUUGUCAAGAAAAUUCCCAAAGUAAAAACAUCAGCCGAGAGCGAGGAGGACGAUAAAGAAAUGCGUGACGAAAAAGUUGUUUACGUACGUGGCAAAGAUGGAACAAUGGUAAAGAAAACAAUAAAAACCCUAAUGCCAAUACAAAGAAGAGACACCACCGAAAUUGUCAAGAGUCCCACUCAAAAAACACCAAUGAAACAAGAAGAUUUACCUGUUAAACAACGUGUUGACGAAACCGAGGCACAAGUGCAAAAAAUCGUCGAGUCCGUCUUUAAGGAACAUAAAAUACCACUGAAACAUCAAACAACACCAACAGAACAAAAAACACCCUCACAAAAACUCAUUAGUCCAAAAGAAGAGAAACUCGAACCAAAAUCACUCAAUACUGUGAAAGUAAUCAAGAGAAUUGUUGUCAGAAAACCCGCUAGUGGCGAAACAAUAGCAAAAGAAUGUGAAUUAGCAUCACCGCAAACACCCACCUCUGGUGUUAAAGUAACAAAAAGAGUAAUUGUCCGCCGUAUAAUUCGUCAAGGUGAUACCACAAGAGAAGUAAUAAUGAAUCCCGAUGGUACUCUAAUUGAUCCCGCUGAACUUGCCAAAUUACCCACAGGUAAUGUUGUUAAACGCGUUGUUAUGAAAAAAUCCUUUGACAAAAGUCAAAAUAUACUUCAAACAAUGAUGCAUUCACCUGAAAUAAAAGCACAAGCAGCUAAAAUACAAGAAACCCUUCCCGAUCCUCUGAAAUUCGAAUUAAAAACAACACAAGGAAGUGGUGCAACAAUUGUCGAGCAAACAUCAACAAAGGAUCAAGAGACAAAAGAAAAAUUGGAACAACUUGAGAAAAGAGUUGAACAACAACGAUUGAAAAUUGAAGAAUUACAAGCACGUAAACAGGAAUAUGAACCAGUCGAUGAAAUGCUACCCGAAAGACAUGACGAAUCAGAGGACGAACAACAAUUACCAUUAAAAAGGGUAUUUGUUAAAAGGAAGCAAAGUAUAUAUGACGAGGAACAAGAAUAUGAUGAAACAAAAAUAAAAGACGAAGAAAUACCAUCAUCGCAAGAAUCAUUUGAAGUUGAAACACCAAAGAGCAAUAAACCAUCAAUAACAAGUUCAAAAGUUUAUGGUAAUAAAAAAAUAAUUCUCCUUAAACCAGAAGAACAACCAACAACAACUACCGAUGACGUUGAAAUUAAUCAAAUGAAUGAGGAACUUUCCAAUAUUCUCGAUUCAUCAGAAACAAUUGUUAAAAUGCAAGCAACAACAUUGAGUCAAUUGACAGAAAUAUCGGAAGCAAGUCAAAAACUUUAUUUAGAGAAUAUUGAAAAAGAAGAAGGUGGUGGUGAAGUGGAGGAGGAGGAGGUAGCUGAUCAACAAAUUGAACAGGAACCAAUGGAGGAACAAAUUAUUGCCGAACAGGAAACGAAUGAUGAAAUAAUUACGGAAAAUACAGAAAAUAUUGAAAAUAUUGAACAUAUUGAACAUAUUGAACAAACUCCACAGGAUGAGGAGGAAAAAAUGGAACUUGAAGAACCAGUUGAGGAACAUAUGAUAAAUCAGGAAACAAUACAAAAUGACGAGCCUAAUGAGGAAGUUCAAGAAACCACAUUAUCAUUGAGCGGUCAUGAGAUUUCUGCAUCUGGUGAUAUGUUUGAUCAAACAACAUCGGGCUCGAUUAUUGAUAGUCAAAAAAAUGAUAAUACACCAUUGGAAGAAUCUGUCAUUGAAUUGUCACAGGCAAAUGAUACAAUUACUUUAAAUGAUACACACGAUAGUCGCGAUAGUCUUGAGGAUAAACUCUCACAAAUGGAGGGAUGAAGAUAGAUUUAAUUUUGUGCGGAGAAUUUGCUUUUUUUCCUGUUAAACACAUUUUCUAGGCUAUUAUUCUUUGAAAACAAAUUCUUUUACAGAAAAAUAUUCCUUAUUCCUUUAAUAUAAUUCUUAAAAAAAAAAAUUGUAAUUUAGUUAAUGAAUAAAGGAACAUUUUUUGAAAAAAAAAAGAAAUUUUUUUCAACAAUAAUAGUCGAAAAAUGUUCUUUAGUGAUAUUUUACUUCUUUUUCUUUCCAAUUGCGAUUUUUUUUUUUUUUUUUUCUAUAAACCUAAAGAAAUUUCAGAGAUGUGUAAAAAUUUUAUAAACAAAAAAUUAUUUGGCAAAUUUGGGGAAAAAAUGGGCAAACAAUUUUGAAAAAAAGUUGUACUAAAUUUGUUUAAUUACUUAAAUGAUUCAAUUUUUUUUUUAAUUUUUCAAGAAGAAAUCAAUUAAUUUGGUUGUGUGGACCAUAAUUAGAGACAAGUAAAAUUUUGGCUAACACAACCAAACUUUUGAUUAAUAAAAUUAUAGAUGCAUUUAUUUGGAUAAUUAAAUCAAAUUUGAAAUAAAUUUUUUUUUCUUCAAAUUGCAUAAAUUUAAAUAAAAAAAUUUUUUGAAUUAAAAAUUAAAUAUUGAUUAAUUUUUAUACUUAUUUUUACACAUCGCGAAAUUUAAUUAAUUAUUAACUUCGUAAAAACGAAGUUGACGCUGGAUAUUUGUUUAAAAUGGUAAAUUAAAAAAAUGUUUUUUGAAAUUUUGUAAUAACUUUAUCAGAUAAAUUUCUUUUUUCAUUAAAGGACAGUUAUAGACGACUUUUUAUAUUCUGAUUUUAGAGAAAUGUUCUUUUUUUUACAAAUAAUAAGAUUUUUUAUUUUAUACAAUGAGAAAAAUAAUAAAUAUUGUAGAAAGCAAUUAAGAAAUAUUACAAAAAAUACUACUGACAUUAAAAAAAAAAUGGAAAUAUAUUGAUGUACAUAUUUUUACGACAAACUCUAUUGUUUUUGUAUUAAUAAGUAUAACAUUUUACUACAUAAUAUUAUAUAAACUUCAAAGGAAUGUAAUAAUGAAGUAAAAAAAAAAUAGUUAUAUUAUUAGAAUUAACUAAAUCAAUGUUGAUACAUAUGAAAAAUCCAGCGUCUAGUGGCAUUUAAAGAAAAACAGUUACACAAUAUUAAAAUUAAUAUAUAAGUUAAUUAAUAAAUAAAAAAUUUCAUUAUUAUUAAUGAAUUUUAGAAUUUAUUCCUUCAAGAAAUAAUUUAAACAUAAUCCACGUCUUCUUCAUUUAUUUUGAGACUCUUUUUUUUUACGUAUAAAGAAAAUGUAAUUCUUAUAUAAUGUUAAAAUUUUAUUAUUCCACAACGAAAUAUGUAACCUUUUAUGUUUCUUUUUUGUUGCGAAAAUAUGAAAAAUCAUCAAAGUAGAAUUAAGUAAUUGAUCUGGCAAAAAAAAAUGUGGUCUUGGUGUAAAUAUAAAAUUUUGUUAAUUAUAUAAAAAAAUAUAUAUAUAUACUUCGCUACAUUUUCGAUGGGAGAAUUUCAAUGUACAUAUAUAAUAAAAUUGCAAGUAAAAUAAUAAUUAAUCUGUUAUUAUCACAGAUUAUAUUUUUCAUUAGUUUCUUUUUUUAUAUACAUUUUUCAAAUACUUUUUUAAAUUAUAUAAUAUCUUACUUUUUUAAAAAUUAAAUUUAAAAUAAAUCUCUCUCAAAAAAAAAAUAACAUUCUCUCGUCAAUAUUCAUGAUUGAUUCGAUGCUAUUUAUUCAGUAUAUAUAUACAUAUAAAUAGGGAAAACCAUAAAAUAAAAAAUGAACCCACUUCAUGUGACAAUUAUAAAAUAAAAAUUUUGUUUAUUAAUUAGUUGAAAAUUAUUUUUAAAAAAAUUAAUGAUUUCUAAAUACUCCAUUUGUCAGUUAAGAAUUAAAAAAAAGUUUCUUCGUUGUUUCAUUUUACUGAUUUUUUUUUACAUCUCAUUGACAAAUUUUAAUGGUUUUCCUUGAACAAUUAGCAAUUAGUGUUAAUUAUAGUUCUAACUAGUAGAAAAGAAAGAUAUGCAAAUGAUAUUCGAAAAUGUUUGCUACUCUGUAUUAAAUACAAAGUGUGGUGUGUAUAUGUCAAAAGAUAAAAGAUUGCUUUUUUUUGCAUACCCUUAUUCCUUUCUAUCCUUGUAUCAGAAAGUAGAUUUCAAAAUUUAAUAAAUUUAAUAUAAUAAAAUAAUUUUGUAAAAAUUAUAUUAAUUUAUAAAUAAUAGUUACAGUAAAUAAUAAAUAAUUCUUAUGGUAAAUAAUUUAUAAAUAAUAAUUAUGGUAAAUAAUUGAUAAAAAUUAUAAAUAAUAAUAGCUUUUAAUUCUUCAGAUUACAUAAAUUUUUAAUUAAUGAAGAAAUUAUAAAUUUAAUUUUAGUCAGAAAUAAUUGUUCUGUAAAUUUUUAGUUUAUUUAAGAAUUUAUUUGGUACAUUAAAAGUUGGAGUUUUCAGAAUGUCAUUAAAAAAUUUGUUUUAAACUUUGUACAAAGUAUUUAUCUUUUAUUAUACAGCAAUAGAUGCUACUACAGUCAUAAAAUUAUUUUACGCAAUAAAGAAGUACUCGCAUUUUUAAAUAAAGUAUAAAAUUGACGGUAGGCGAUGAAAAAUAAAACAAUCGUAUAUUUGAGUUUCGAGUUUAAAAAAAAUUUCAGUUUUCAAAAUUGGAAAUUAUAAUUUGCAAAUUAAAUUAAUAAAUUAAAAAUCAGUUUUUAAUAUAGAAACUGAAAAAAAUUAUUAUUUUUAAUAAUUAUAUUAUUUAUAUAUUAUUAUUAUUAAUUUUAUAUUUACAUAAAUAUAUUUAUAUAAAUAUAAAUCUUUAUAUUAAUAAUAAUUAAUUUUAAUUAUUAUCAUUAAUAAUUUUGAAUAUAUUAUCAAUUAAUUAAAAUCGAAACCCAAUAUUUGAUAAAUAAAUAUUACAUAAGCGUAUAUAGUAGAAAAUAUUUCGAUCUGUAUAUAAUGAAUGUAAUUUUCGCGUAUAACUUAAUCUAUGAAAAAAAUGAAAUGGUUUAUUAAUAUUAAUUAAAGGGUGCGAGUGUUAAUGAGAAGAGCAUUCAUAAAAUUAAUAUUAAUUAGUAUUCGGUUUUCGGAUAAAUGAAAAAUUAUUUAUCGAUAACUAAAAUUAAAAAUCACACAUAGUAAAAUAGUCGGUGUUUUUUUUUUAUCUCAAAAAAUUGCCAAUUUGCGUUUAUCGGACAAUACAAAUAAAAUAUUAAUUAAAAAAAAAAAAAAAAAA